UCAACCAUGGUAAUAUCCGGUCUUUCCUGGUCUUGAGGCAAGACCAAAGAGCUCCGUGAUUUAUAUGUUGACUACGUUAAUCGGCUUCUAUCUGUGUGCGUGCAUCCCUAGCGUUUCAUCCAGUACCUGGCAUCGAGGAAUACCCUCUUCAACCUGAGCAAUUUCCUGGACAAAAGUGGGGUUCAAGGAUACGACAUGUCAACCUUUGUUCGUCGGUACAGCAAAUACCUGAAUGAAAAGGCUUAUUCCUACAGACAGAUGGCCUUUGACUUCACACGUGUUAAACGGGGCAACGAAGGUCUCAUGAGAAGUAUGAAUGUGGAAAAGCUUCUCAAGGCUCUGCCUGUCUUGCAAGGACAAGUGGAUGCUCUUCUCGACUUUGAUGCAAGCCCCAGUGACCUCAGCAACGGAGUGAUUAACGCUGCUUUCUCACUGCUCUUCAAGGACAUGAUCCGUCUCUUUGCCUGCUACAACGACGGGGUCAUUAACCUGCUGGAAAAGUUCUUUGAGCUGAAGAAAACGCAAAGCAAGGAUGCCCUGGAACUUUACAAGAAAUUUCUCACUCGGAUGACGCGUGUCGCUGAAUUUUUCAAGAUUGCCGAGCAAAUUGGAAUUGACAAGGGAGACAUUCCGGACAUUGCACAGGUAUUGUCCACACAAGUCCUGCAUGAUCUGAAACUCCAUGGGGAAAAGGAGUCCCCCUUUAAAGAGCUGACCUUUGAAACGGCGCCCAGCUCUCUCCUAGAAGCCAUGGAGCAACACGUCGCCAUCCAGGAGGCUAAGAAAGGGAAGGAUGGAUCCACAGGCAGCAUUGAAGGGGUGGCUAGUGGGGGCACAGGCGCCGCGGCUCCAACUACAUCAUCUUCUCCGGUGAGCACCCCUGCCCAGAGCAUCGAUACGACCGCCGGGGGAGAUGUUUUCUCGGCGAGCAGUGCACCACAAGUGACCAGUGCAUCGAAUGACCUCUUGGGUCUACAGACGGACUUCCUGUCAGCAGCAGAGCCGCUCGUCCAGCCCGCGUCUCCCUCCAUGGGCAGCUGGGCGGCUGAUCUACUUGGCGGAGACAUGCUGUCCGCUCCAGCGGCUCCUGCUAGCCCCCACCCAUCCCGCACCCCGACCCCCACCCUCACGGCCACCGCCUCCGCCGCCGCUUCCACGCAACCACCCGUAGGUGUCCCCCCCAUAAGCGAGGGUGAGGCCUCCUCCCCUCCAGCCGAGGCCUCGGCGACGGGGGGCGGCACGGCUGCCGCUUCGCCUCCGAGCGGCGGCGCCGUCGCUCCCUCCAGUGUUCAGCCCUCGGACGUGGACCUCUUUGGAGAUGUGUUUGCCUCAACCCUGAGCGAGCCUGCCACCACCGCUGCCUCCUCCUCCGCUGCUGCCAAUUCCUCCGCCGCCGCCGCCACUGCGAAGCCGGGAGACGGAGCCGAAGCGGCUGUCGACCUCUUUUCUGACCCGUUUGCUCCCAGCGCGGGAUCCGCUGGAGACGCAGCCCCUGCCGAUCUGGACCUCUUUGCCAUCAAGGUGGCAUUGCCAGAGGGAGCACCUGACGCAGCGGGGGUGACACUGCCCCUCGCACCGUCUCCGGCUGCCGCUGUGCUCACGCCUUCGGCCCCUGUGCCCCCUUUGCUCACUCCGACUGCCCCUGCAGCCCCUGCCGCCUCUGUAGAUCUUUUUGCCGACAUGUUCGGCUCCCUGCCCGAGCCCACGCGGGCUGGGUCUCCUAAGCCUGAAGGCCCCACCAACGUAGACCUCUUGGCUCCAGACGUUUUUACAUCCCCACCUUGUGGGGCAUCUCCCAUGUCUGAUGCACCGGCCUCAUCAGAUCUCCUUGCCGAGCCUUUCAUUGGAACUCCAUCCUCGACUGCAUCUCCUGCCAAAUCUGAAUCAUUUGCGUCCCCUGCUCCUGCUAUAGACCUUCUUGGAGAUGCGUUUGGAUCUCCUACACAGGGGGCUAUGCCAAUUUCUGCCACGUCUCCAGCUCCUGAUCCUUUCGCAGCACUGACCCUGCAGCCUACGUCUGACCCCAAAAGUGGGGGCUCCUCCCAGCAGCUUGACUUCGACAUGUUUGGUGCGCAAGCCGCCCCCAUCGCUCCCACAACCAUUCUCCCUGCUGCUGCCACCGCCCCCUCCCAGGAAACAUCAGGAUUUGACCUCAUAGGAGACAUGCUUUUACCAAGCAUGCAGCAGCAGCAACCGCAGAUGCAGCCUCAAGUUCUAGGACAUGCGCAGCAGGCGACUGGCAAGCUCGUCGCAAACGAUCUUGACUCGUCGCUGGCGAACCUUGUUGGAAAUCUUGGCAUCAGCAGUCCAGCAAAAAAGGGCCAGUGGAGUGGAGGUGAGAAGAAGUUAACGGGAGGAGCCAACUGGCAGCCACGUGCCGCUCCACCAGCCUGGGCUCCGGCACCCACUGCUCCAGCACCUGCCAUGGCACCAGGAGCCAUGGCUGGAGUACCCUUGAUGGGACCACCACCAGCCAUGUUUGGAGCCACCAGUGCUCAGACUGGCAUGAGACCGCCCUUCGGGAGCAUGGGUACCGCGCAGCUUUCGCCCAGUCCUACGCCAGUUUCUCAGAGCCCACAAAAGGGCCCAGCAAAGGAUCCUCUGGCUGACCUUAACCUCAAGGACUUCAUUUAACAAACCCGUGACCAUCAUUCCUCCUUGCAGUGCCAAAUGGCUCUGCUGACUUCCGAGAUGCAGUUUCUGUGAAAUGAAGAUGACAGAAAAAAUACCAGAUGGCUCUUGUUUUACAAAUAUAAAAACUGAAAUUUAAAUAUCAGCAUGUUUGCUGAAUCCGAUACCUAUUCCAUGUUUUCUGUGGCAGAGAUGAUCAUUUUAAACAUCCACUUACCAUUUGACGUGUUCAAAGAUCAGAAAUAGCAAGUAAACAUUCUGAUAUGCAUUUCUGAUGUAAAUAAACUAGCAUAUUUAAAUCGUUUAUUGAAAUAUGUAGAUGUUUGAACAAUUUAUCCCAUUCAUGUCACUCCACUGAUCAGUAUUGUACAAUAAUAUAGCCCAUAAUUGAGUAUUUAAUAUAUAUUCAAAAAUACACGUAUAUAUAUUGCUGCAUCCUUUGGAAUAGUGUCAUACCUCAGUCAUUGCAUUUUAUGAAGCAGCUGUCAAAGAGCCAGGCUUUACAGGUAGUUGACAUAGUUAAAUGUGUCGUCACUGCCACGGAGUGGGUGUGUGGCAUUGGUACAACGCAGUUAUGCCAGAAAUUUGAAUUCGAGGACCUGUUGAAUUCCCCAUUUUGAAAAUAUUUACACUGGGAUUAUAGUACCUAUUGUUUGUUUAAUUUCCCUGGACAGUGUGGAACUGUAUCCCUUUACUGAGUUGCCUCUCGAUAGUAUGAAUAAUUUUCAGAGGCCAACCAAUGACUACUUCCAAGUUUCUUAACAUUUUGAUAUCUGUGAUUUAAAAAGAUGGGUGCAGACAAUUAAUCAUACAUGUAGAUUUGUAAAUGUGAAUUCUACUCUCCAUUGUGCUGUACAAGUGUUUUGCGGUAGACUGGUGUGCACAUGUGUGUUUAAAGGUUAUCUAAAUGAAGCAACGAUAUUUGGUCUGCUAAUUUAUUGGCAUUGUUGCCGCCACGUGCAAUGCUGCAAACGUGACUGUGUGACGUUGGUGCGCUUGUUGGAUGCUUUAUUUGAUCGCUUCUCACAUAUUGCCCCACAGCCCGUGUGAAUUGCAGCUUAUGUUGUUUCCCCCCCCCAAACCCCAUAGACAGCUUUGACCAAUGUUAAAGUUUUUCCUUAAAUGACCAACGGCAGGUUUGCUUUGGUCUCACAGUUGCAUGUUCUCCCAAGCACGGCCCUGUAGGUGUUUAUGCAUUGACGCUGUUAUUAAAAAUACUAUAUAGGAGAGUGAUAUACAUGUAUGUAUAAUUCCAGGCAACAAUUCUCCGUAUGCAACAAAUUCAAUAGCUCAUUGCUGAUACACAGCACACUUGUUGGCUGUUGUUCAGUCUGUUAAGUGUCAUAACGUUGUUCCCAGUAAACUGUUGGCAUAUCUAAAAUC